AGAAGAACUAUGAUACACUAGAUGCAACAGUCUCUAGGAGCUGGGUUGGACAAAAGGCAGAAAAAUGGAGGAGGACAUUAGAAAAAGGGGGAUUCUGUACCUACUACAGCAGAGGUUUGGGAAGAAAUGGCGCAAGGUCUGGUCCGUGCUGUACCGAGAAAGCUCGUGCUCUAUCUCUCGUCUUGAGUUUUUUGAGUUCAAAGAUGGAGCUGGCAAUACACUGGAGAAACCCAACCGUAAACAGGACAACAAAAAGGUGAUAAAGUUGAAUGACUGCAUUCGCGUGUCAGAGGCUGAUGUCGAAGGCUGUCCAAGGGAUUGUGGACCAUUUUUGGUGGAGACAACGGAAAAGACGUUUGUUUUUGCUGUUGAGACCGCUGAACUAGAUGACUGGAUGCAAAAACUCUGUGAAAUCGCAUUUCCGAUGAGCUGGAAAGAGAGAGGAACAACGAGAGGAAACAGUUUACAUUCUGAUCCCGUUGAUGUCACAAUGUCGGAUAACACCCUCUACUGCAGCAGAGAAACUGCAAUGAAAGACUUCAAGGUGUCAGUGAGGCGCACAGAGGCUUCUGAAAGAUGUGGCCUGAAAGGACUGCUGUUGUUACGGACUGAUUUUGAUAGCCUCCUUCUGAAAAAUCCUAAAACGGGAGAGGUUCUCUACUCCUGGCCCUACCGUUUCCUCCGCAGAUUUGGACGUGACAAGGCAACAUUCUCCUUUGAGGCUGGGAGAAGAUGCGACUCUGGGGAAGGCAACUUUGAGUUUGACACAAAGCAAGGAAAUACCAUCUUCCAAUCUGUAGAGGCUGCAAUCAAUCUACACAGAGCUAAUUUGCCUCAAAAUCAGUUAUCAAGUGGGGAUCGAGAAUCUGUGCCAUCUACUCCUCGAGCGAAAGGUCCAGUAGAUAAUUCCAGUAUCUACAGUAUGGUGUCUGAAGGAGCAUUUAGGGACAGUACCCAACAACCAAAACAGAACCCCCAGCAUUCCAGACCUGAAGCCCCAACAGAGAAGCUUCUCACAGGGGUUAAGAGUCUGACCCUGGACACCAGGCCUCCACCACGAAAAAGCCAGGUGAAGAACUUCAAAAGUUGUCCUUUGGCCAACACUGAAGUUGAGAUGUAUUCCCGGGCUAUGGCACCGGGUCCAGACCCAGGGGAUAAGGCAGAUAAAAACGUUCUACGGUCCACCUGCUCCAACCCUGGGGACUCUGACUACUCUUUGCCAUUUGACAACAUUGGCAAGAAUGUUAUGGUAGAUAUUUUGCCAGCAUCCAACCUACCAACCACUUUAGCAGAGUCCAGUUGUGAAAAUGAGAAGAAAGGCAUUGUAGAAGGCACAGAACCCCUUUAUGACAGUAUCGAUGAAAUGGCCAUCAGAACGUGUUUCUCACAUGGACCAAAGAAACACUCUUUCACUUUCAAACAUGUGGAUCACAUUUAUGAUGAGCCAGAAGGUUGUGGUGUGGCCACAAGUGGUCCUCCGUCACUCUAUGAUGAACCAGAGGAGGUUAAAGGUCAUGCCUGGAAGAUGCUGGGUACAAUAACGGAUCCGGGUGGUCACGAGUAUCCGUACAAUGCUUGUGUCGACGACUAUGCGGUUCCUAAACCUCCCAGAAGGGCCUUGCUGCCAGAAAAGAAAGACAAUGAUGAAGAUGACAGUUCACCAUAUGAUAAUAUCAUGGUGAGAGUAACGCAAAAUAAUAAUUAAGGACUGCUUCAAAACCUUUUAUAUCAGUAUCCUAUUGAUUGGUGAUGCUCAGUUAUGUUUGGCAUUACCACUACAGAGGACACAGUAGAGAAAUGUGAAUUAGUGAGUGAGUGAGUAAAUUAAUGAAUGAAUGAAUAAGUGAAUUAAUGAAUGAAAAAAUGUGUGCACGAAUAAAGGAGUGAUUGAGUUAAUGAGAGAGAGAGUAAAUAAGUGAAUGAAUGAUUGAUUGAGUGUGCGAAUGAGUAAAUUGAGUAUAUAAAUAAAUAAAUGAAUGAGUAAACGAGUAAAUGGCUGAGUAAAUUAAUUCAUUAGUAAGUGAAUAAAUGGGUUAAUGAAUCUGUGAAUUAAUGAGUAAAUGAAUAUGUGUGUGUGAGUGAGUGGAUGAAUGAGUGAUUGAGUAGAUGAGUGAUUGAGUAGAUGAGUGAGGGAAUGCAUUAUGAAUGAAUGAGUGAUUCAAUUUGUAAAAUAAUAUGUAAAUGAAUGAAUAAGUAAAUGGGUGAUUGAACGAGUGACUGAGUAAAUAAGUGAGUGAAUGAAUAAGAGAAUUAUUGAUACAAUGAGUGAAUGAAUGAAUGAGUUAAUUGAUUGAGUGAGUAAGUGAAUGAGUGAGUGAGUAAAUUCGAGAAAG